CAGACUUGCAUAACCUUUGUAAUUGAACGGAAUGAAAUUCACUCGGUUAGGGCUCGUAUGACGUCAAAAGGUUAACUCACGAUUAGUCAGCAGCCAUUUGGGAGCCUGAGGUUUUCUCAGCAGGCACCAAUCAGCUGACGCCGGCCCAAAAGGGAAAGUGAUUCUGCCGUUCUCCGCACUUGGAGGCUUCAAAGUCCCUCACCUGUCCAUGUCCCUGCGAUAUCGCCUUACCAGUCGGUCAUCAUCAGGGAUUGCCCACUAUUUCCCGACUGAUCUGGGCCCUUCUCGGAACUGUGUCUCUUCGGCGCUGUCAUAAUGUCUUCCGCCGUCUCAUCGUCGACUGUCAACCCCCGGCAGUCGGUGCGCCAGACACGGACAAAUCCAUCCAGAACUUCCAAGACCCUUGGGCGCUCAUCCUUUGCAUACGGCCAUGCCUCAAUGGCCGAUACGCCUUCGACCCCGCCUGUUGCCCACGGCUUUUACCCUGCCCUCACGCAUUUCACAGAUGCCAUUACCGCCCUCCCGCGAGAGUUCCGCCGUCACAAUUCCCUGUUGAAAGAGGUCGAUGCUAAGGCAUGGGCUCUCGAGGAUCACCUCCAGCAGCUACUUAAAGCUUCUUCAGAGUUACAAGCAACUCCCUCCGCAGACCAAGCGCCAGACGACACUGCGGUAGCGCAAGAAGAUCUUCUAGCUACAGGUACUUCGCAAGCACCCGGAUCACAAGAACACAUGAGCCGGCGAUAUCUGCUCAGUCGAGUGCGGCAGACCCUUCAAGACCUGAUGAUGACCGCAGACGAGAAGAAUCACGUCAUUUCCAAUGCGAACGAUGAACUAGAUCGUCAGCUCCUACGGCUUGAUACUAUCUUCCCCUUCAUUGCGGGAGAGAUCAGUGAUGAAGCACGUUUGGGUAGCCUCACGCAUUGGGCAUAUUCGAACAGGAAUGCUGUGAAAACUACCACCAACGAGCGUCCUCGCCGGGAGGCUACAUCUAAUAAGGAACUAGCUCACGCCCUUCACGAAGCGGAAGCUGCUUCUAGGAGCGAAGCGAGACGUGAAGCUGUUUUGGCACGCAAGCAGCGCCGGACGCACGCUGAUUCCGAUUUUGACGAUGCGCGCGCUGGCGGUCGUAAGGGACAAUCCGGCAAGGUACGAGGCGCCGCUGCAAAUGAUUCUCCUGCAGUUGGUAAUGGUCAGGUUGGUACAUCGGGCCAGACUAAGAGACGCAAAGUCGAACGACCACCAGCUGUAGAUACUAGUGCCGCGAUGGAACGAUCUGCUAGCGGUGCUGGUGCUUCUGGUCGUGCCGGUUCAAAGGAUGCGCCCGACGCGACCAAGAAGAGGUCUCGCGCACCUAACGCAAAUGCAGCCGGUGCACGGAAGAGAAACAACACCGCUACGUCUGCCGCAAAUUCUCCUGUUCUAGCACCGUCCCCUCUUGUUGGAGCCGCUGCCAUCCCAAGAAGUGCAGCCAGCCCGGGGCCUAAUGCGGCGGCCCGUCCACAGACUUCCCGCGCUCAACAGAACUCUGCUCAGACAGCAAAUGGCCGCCCAAGACCAUCAUCCUCGGCGUCAAACCGUGUGGCCAAUAACAGUAAAACCGCUGAAAUCAGAACAACACCUAAAGAAACACCGAAGAUGGAGACAGCCGCCAUGGCAAACCCUGAGACACACCGGGAAGUGGAAGCGGAGACUGUAGAAGCAGCUGCAUCAAAAGUGCCAGUACCAGUCAGUACAAAACGUGAGGACACGGAUGGAAAGCCAGCCGAAUCAAUCGAGCCUGGGGAAACCCCAGCCGCUCCUAUGUCGAACCCAACCCCUAAAGGCAGAUCCUCCAAGACAUCGACUCCCGUGCUCGCUACGGUACCGGAACCAGCGCAACGAGCCCGACCAACACGGAGCACAGACAACGCGCCGGCUAAACGUUCCCACAAGAAGAACGGCAGUGUGCCCGUUGUGCAGCAGAGGGCUGUAUCAGAAGAGGAAGAAUCCUAUCACGAAGGAGACGAUGAAGACGAAGAGGGAGAACCGCGAUACUGCUAUUGUAACGAGAUCAGUUUUGGCGAAAUGGUGGCAUGCGAUAACGACGCCUGUCCCCGUGAAUGGUUCCACCUAUCCUGCGUGGGAUUGACGAAACCACCUGGAAAGAAUGUCAAAUGGUAUUGUAACGAGUGCAAGGAUAACAUGCGACGAAGUCGGAGUGGCCGGUAACCUUCUAAAAAUCAUGGCUACGGGGUUCGGACAACGGAGGCGAUUGAAAGUUGCUUUGUACAGGCGUGUGAGUACAUAAAGGGAUAUGUAGAAUGGA